UGAUGAGCUGUGAGCAUAGACAUUAAAAUACUUGACAGUGGAGCUGAAAAGACGGGCACCGAGCGGACAUGAAGACGGUGUUUGUAACCGUCGGCACCACGAGCUUUGACGAGCUGAUCGAAAGCGUCACGUGCUCCGAGGCGGCUCAGGCCUUAAAGGCACGUGGAUAUGAGCGUUUGGUGGUUCAGGUUGGAAGAGGAUCUCUUGUUCCAGCUGCUGACAGCUGUCCACAGCUCAGACUGGAGGCGUUUCGAUUCAAAGACUCAAUAGCAGAGGACAUCAGGCAGGCGGACCUGGUCAUCAGCCACGCAGGGGCAGGAAGUUGUUUGGAGACUCUGGGUGCAGGCAAACCUCUGCUGGUUGUAGUCAAUGACAAGCUGAUGGACAACCACCAACUGGAGCUGGCCAGACAGCUGCACAGGGACGGACACUUGUUGUACUGCACAUGCAGCACCCUGACGGAAACUCUGAGGACCAUGGACCUGUCCGUCCUCCUGCCCUUUGAGCCUGGACAGCCGAAGAAGUUUGCAAACUUUCUAGACAGAGCUCUCGGCUUCCAGUGAAACUUUAACUCUACGUUCUGCUUAAUUCCUCUUUCAGAGAAAGAUUCCACACUAUUGAUGCUGUUGAAUGUUUUUUAUUUUUAUAUGCAAUAAUAAUUCUUGUAAACCUA